AUGGAAGAAAAAGAAGAGAAAAAAAGACUCUCAAAGAAGGAGAAGAAAGAGCUGAAGUACCAGAGGCUGAAGGAAAAAUAUAAAGAGAAAAAAACAAAGAGAACAAAAAGAAAGAAGGCCCCAGAGAAUCAAGUUAGGUCAAACUACAGAAUAUGGAUAGAAGUACUAGGGGGUUCUGACCUAAUGACAGACAAAGAGAUGAGAAGUCUAUGCGAGCAAAUAAGAUAUGUCUAUGCAGCAAACAGAGUAGCACAAAAUCCAGUGAAUUUAACUGUAGGAAAUUCAACCCUUCUUAAUGGAUAUCUUAGGCAGGACAUAGAGAACUGGACGAACAUUCAGUUCAGAAGCAAGUCAAUUCAGGACAUCACUAAGGAUAAGGUAGUGCGGGAGGAAGAAGGUGUUAAGAUGACAGGAGAAGGUGUUAAGGUGGCAGGAGAAAGUAUUGAAGAGAGUCUUAAACCAGAAAGUGCUAAGGUGACAGAAGAAAUUGCAGAAUAUAAGGCAGCACGAGAAGAAGCAGAAGGUGUUGAAGAGAGUCUUAAACCAGAAAGUACUAAGAACCAUGAGAUGCCAGAAAAUAAUCCAGAAAGUGAUAAACCAGAAAGUACUAAGAACCAUGAUAAUCCCGAAAAGGUAGAAACCAAAGACCCCUUGGAUGACAGCAUAGAUGAUUCUGUGGAUAUUUCAGAUAUAGUAGUACUAACAGCAGAUGCAGAGGAAGAAUUAACUGAAAUGGAAGAAGGAACAAUCUAUGUGAUAGGUGGUCUAGUUGACAGAAAUAGACACAAAGGAUACACAGAGAGAAGAUUCAAAGAAUCAUUCCGUACUGCAAGACUCCCAAUAGAGAAGAAACUUAAUUCAUCUACAGUCCUAAGCACACUGCACGUAUUCAAUAUUCUUCUAUCAUACACCCAGACCCAGGACUGGAAUGCAGCCAUAGAAGAACACCUGCCCAUGCGAAAACAAGUCAAGCCAGAGCCAGCAGCAGAGACAAACUCAGACAAAGUGGAAGAGACAAAGCACAGCAAGGAAUAA